GGUUGACAUCAUCCGCAGUUUCCUGCUGGUUUGUUCCUGUGCUGCUGCUCUUCACGCACACCUGAGAAUGUUGAGCAAAAUAAUCGGAAACAAAUACGCGUCCAUCGCGAAAACAUGGGUCCCCAAUCUUGUUUUCUGGGGGGGAACAGGAGGUGUAGUUUUUGUCCACUUCACCGACUGGCGGCUCAUCCUGGACUACGUUCCCUACAUUAACGGAAAAUUCAAGAAAGAUGAUUAGAAGAAGGUCAGCAUCAUGUAAUGGCCUGAAGACGGUGCCCAAAACAUCUGAAUCAGACCCUUCUGUUGCCAACGAACAGUGUGAGAUUUAUUUCAGGAGCUUUGGAUGGAUUUGUCCUGGUGAUUCUUCAGUGUGGAUUCCAACAAUCAACAUGAACUGAUGGAAAAGCAGGAGGUUUUUAUUCGACAGCAUCACUGUUUGAUUCCUCUGAACCCUCCUGGUCAUUCGUUCUCUCGUUAUUCAUAACCUCUUCAUGGACCUGAGCUCUGUUGGAUCAUUCUGUUGUGUUUUCUGUCUUCUGCUCAUAAUAGUGCUUUAAUAAAGUACAUUAAUUUGA